AUGUGGUUCACAAAGUCACUGGUGCUGGUGCUGGGCAUUGCCCUUUGCGAAGCACAAAUCUCGAAGCCUAGGGGAGGAGACGUUCUACAACCCAACCAGCAGUUCGAGAUCGAGUGGCAGACGACAGGUCUUCAGGCACCCAUCAACAUCAAUCUUGUGCCCGGCGGCAAGACGGACCUGUCUGUUGUUGCCGAAAAGAUUGGGGUGCAAAUCGACAACAUCGGCCGUCUGAACUGGAGCCCAAGCGCCUCUAUUACAGCCUUCGAACACUUCGCCAUCAUCAUCACCGACUCCGCCCAGGCCGUCGUCAUAUCCGAGCCUUUCCAGAUCAACCAGCUUACCCAGCAGCCUGUCGUCCAGACGAUCCUCGGGGCGGACGAGGCCCAGGUUCAGUACUCAACUGUGGCCGCUGGUCCUCCCAAGGUCGUGUACUCUGGGGCUCUGCCACCCAAGGCCAUUCCUGCCAAUUUCGUCGCCGCAGAGGUUACUCCCACCGAAUCGACUGCCGCUGAAUCUACAUCAGUUGAAAGUUCAUCCGUAAAGAGUAAGCCUGUCGAAGCUACGUCUAGCAAGACAGCCCCAGCUCAGUCUGCUUCUGAGACGUCUGCUCCUGAGAAGUCUGACAUUGCCACAUCUGCACCGGCCAAGUCAACUGCUGCCAAGUCUACUCCCGCUGUGGCUACCUCUUCCGAGGCUACUCCGAUUCCGUCUGCGCCAGUCGAAGCCCCUCCGGCCAAGGUUUCUUCCCCCAAGGACGGCAAAGCCGGUGAAGCGGACACCACGAUCUCUACUUCAACCACUGCAAGAAAUGGUGACAAAGCUCAGCCUCAACCUUCAUCCACUUCCUCCGCAGCACCCAAGGACCUGAAGUCGGGGUCUUUGCCUGACCCAGCUAAGACGACCUCAACCCCUGAGGCUACUAAAGCUACUUCUGAAGUUACCAAGGCUUCCACUACGCCUGAGUCCGUCUCCACCCUUCCGGUUGCCAACAACCAGACAGCUAUCCUGAGUGCUGAAACGCCAACCCCGAUUCUGGUUCCUGUCACUACUCAGCCCGCUAAGAUUACAAGCUCGGUCCCAGCAAACCUCACCAGCAUUGUUCCAGAGGCACCGACUACUUCUUCGCAGCCAGCUGAGAUUGCCGCUCCAGUCCCGGCAAACCGUACGAGUAUUGCACUGCCGGAAUCGUCCGCUCCUGUACAGACCAUUCCGAUCGUGACUCUUCCGCAACUGAAUACCAGCACUCCGACCGCUGCUCUUCCGCAACUGAACACUAGCAUUCCGAUUGCUACUCUCCCGCAGCUCAAUACUAGUGUUCCGGCUGCUACUCUUCCGCAGCUCAAUACUAGCACUCCGGUCACUGCUCUUCCGCAGCUGAAUACCAGUAUUCCAAUUGCUACUCUUCCGCAGCUGAACACCAGCACCCCAACCGCAGCUCUUCCGCAGCUCAAUACUAGCACACCGACCGCUGCCCUUCCACAGCUGAACACCAGUAUCCCCAUUGCUACUCUCCCGCAGCUCAAUACUAGUGUUCCGGCUGCUACUCUUCCGCAGCUCAAUACUAGCACUCCGGUCACUGCUCUUCCGCAGCUGAAUACCAGUAUUCCGAUGGCUACUCUUCCGCAACUGAAUACUAGCACUCCCGCUAGUGUGCCGGCCGUUCCGGCUACCGAGCCGGCUGCGGUCGUUCCCGUUCCCGUCGCUUCCCCGCAACCUCAGCCCUCUAUGCCCUCCUCAGCAGCGGGUUCAAACAGCAACCUGCCUUCGAGUGAAAUUUCGCCUACUGGUCUCGCACCCCUGAACCCGAUUCAGUCUAUUGAACCUACGCCGACCAUGAGUGGCUCAGCCGGCUCAGGUGGGCAAGCUCAAGAGACGCCCUCGACUGGAGGGGAUAAAGGCGGCGACAAAGGCAAUGAAAUGGGUAAUGGCAGCGGAAGCGGCAGUGGAUCCGGCUCUGGCAGUGGCUCCGGGACUGGUUCCGGCAGUGGCUCUGGCAAUGGAGAUGGUAGCCGCUCCGGCGACAAUAAUUCAGGAAACAGUGGCUCUGGUGGCUCUGGGUCCGAUACAUCAGCACCAAAUGUCCAGCCAACAGCUCAACCACAGCUUGUGUCUGGAGGUGAGACGACUUCCGUUCGCCCCCUUGCCCCCAUCAUCACCUUGCCGUCCUCUCUGAUGACGUCGAUGGUGCUGGCCACGGCUGUCGGCGCUGUGGCGCCCACUGGUGGGCUCUUCGCGGUGACAACCGCUCCGGCUGGGCUCAACCCUAUCUCUGCGGGAUGCAGGACGACUCAGAGCGGCUAUGUUGCAGCUCUCUUGAGUGCUGUGGUAGCAGCCAUUACACUCACUGUCUUGUGA